AUGAUACUAACGAUAUUAAUAUUUACUUUCAAAGAAGCAAAUUUUAGUUUCAACUACGUGCUUGAAUUCGAAGACGAGGUCGCACUGGAUCUGUACAUUCAAGAGAAGGGCUAUCGACGUGUGAACGAGUAUGAACGCAAUGGAACACUCCGCAUCAAUUACGUUUGCAAGGAAUAUUUUCAAAAGGACAUCAAAUGUAAUCAUAAAAUGAGUGUGAUUAUGAAAGAUGGUAUAUUGACCGCAAAAACCACUGACGGUGGAAAACCACAUGAGCAUUGGUAA